AUGAAGGCAGGGCGGUCACGCUGAGCUCACGUUUCCUCUUGCACCACUAUGAGAGGUUCGUUCCUAGAAGCCUGAGUCAAACUUCUGGCACAAUGGGAACUGCCCGCCGUGGAGCAGCGGCUCUCCCAGCCUGGGAUGGACCCUUCAGCAGUGUCAGACGCGGGAUCACAACAGACAGCCACUUGCCCUGUGCAGCUUCAAAGCUAGCAAUAACAACAGCUACAGCCUUGCUGGGUGGCCAAGAUUACACUGCCAAUUCAAGUGACUACCCCUAUGAGUACCUGAAUGAGGAAGACUACGUGCUUUAUGGCCUUUGCACCAAAGAAGAGGUGGUGUUCUUUGGCAAAGCAUUCUUGCCAGCUUUUUACAGCAUGUUAUUCCUGGUUGGGUUCAUUGGGAACGCUCUUCUGUUUACUGUCCUCAUGUAUGUCAGUAAGCAAAAGAAGACAGCAGAGGUGUAUCUGCUGAACCUGGUGGUUUCGGAUUUUCUCUUGCUGCUAACCCUUCCUUUCUGGGCCCUGUUCAUUUCUCAGUGGGUGACCUGGGAUCUGUUGUGCCCAGUCUUAAAUGCCAUGUACAUCAUGAAUUUUUACAGCGGUAUCUUUUUUGUAAGCUGCAUGAGUCUGGACACGUAUCUGCAGGUAGUUCAUGCCUACUCUCCUCACAGCUCUGUGACACGGAAGAAGUCCUUCCUCGUCUUGUUGGUGUUGUGGGUCCUCUCCAUACUCCUCUCCAUUCCCGAUGCCCUCUUCAGCAGCACGAAGGAAAUGCACAACAAAACCAUCAUGUGCACGCAUGAUUACGGCCAGAAACACUUCUUUUGGAAAGUUGUCUUUCAGGUCACUCAAAACAUCCUGGGUUUCCUUUUGCCUUUCUUCUUCAUGGUGUUCUGCUAUUCCCGCAGCGUGUGUGUCCUCACCACGUCUCGGGUGCCUGGCUUGAGGAGAGCACUGUUCUUUGUCUUUACUCUGGUGGCUGUCUUCUUUAUCCUGUGGUUCCCUUACAACAUUGUCCUCGUCCUUCACUCCUUGCAGUACGUUGGUUUGAUCCAGAGCUGUGAGAGGAGUAGGCAACUGGACUAUGCCAUGCAGAUCACAGAGAGCUUGUCCUUUGUCCACUGCUGCCUCAACCCUGUGCUCUACGCUUUUAUGAAGAAACGAUUCAGGUUGUACCUACAGAAGAUCCCUCAGGCUUUCUGUAGGAAGGGCACCUUCGACAUCCAGCUCUCAGAAACAAGCUGCUCUUGCAGCAGAUACACCGCUCAGAUAGAAAUGUUGAGCGUCACCAACACAUGAUAAAUUCUUUCUGGCUUUUGCCACGGGGCAAUGUGCUCAGCCAGGCUCACCCCUUAGCCUACCAGGAGAGACAACAGGAAGAACAGGCAGUUUUAAGUGGGUCUGAACCACACUGAAGCGUACUGAGCAGGACACUGUGUUUACCCAAGGGAUGGAUCCUUGGUCUGAAAUCAGUUUGAUCAUCACAGCACCAGAAUUCAGACCAGUAACUAUCAGUAAGAGAGAGAGAAAAAGUAAAACACAAAAUGAAAAAGCUCAACAGAGACCAUCAUUAACAGACAUCAGUUUAACCUCUCUACAGAGUGGCAGCAUGGCCUUAAACAGAAGAGCAUGGAUAGCUAUUAGCCAAUUCUUAUGACUGAUGUGGUUUUACAGUUCAAGGUUACUAGUUUGUUGAUCUUUAUUUAAAAGGUGCUGUUCACCCCAAAUGUUUUUGAACUUUAGCUGGGCUUUUUCCAGCCUAGAAAUCAAUUCAGCAUAUAAAUUGGCUAGAACUGUGCAAAUAAAGUUUAUACCUUCAGAGCACAUACUCAUCACCUUCUUGAUGUUAUUGCUAGACAGUGUUACUGAUAGAACUGAGAAGGGUUUUCAGUUGAACAAAAAACAUGCAUUUGUUUUCACUGCCAUUAUUGCCAUCAUCACUGCUGUGUGUUUCCAAAAUGGCAAAGCUAGGAGCUUCACUUAAAAAAACACCAAAGCAAAUAUGAAGGUGAUGCUACGCUGUGAUCUUUGCUACAUGGGUCAGGUCUGCGGCAGGGGUGUGGAAGGGAAGAACAGCUGGGAAACAAAUCUGAGAUAGAUAGAGAUCUUCAUCUCCUGAUCUACCCAGGGAGGGCCCUUGGGACUGUAAAGAGCUUUUGAUGGGAUGCUUAGGGGAAGAGGUGAAGGUAAAGAAAACA